AUCAUUGGUGAAUUCGAAGGCGUGAUAACUGAAUACUCAUCGAUUAUUGGACAUUCAAUUUCAUAUGUAGAAAAAUAUUGUCGUGACGAAACCAAAACAAAGUUAUUCAAUGACAUUCAUCUAAUAUUGGGAAAUAAAGAUAGCAAGUACUAUCUUCCUUAAUAAGAGUAAAAAGUCAUCAGUCGAUAGAUAAUUUUCGAAAUAUUCUCCCAGAAAGAUAUGAAAAAAUGACUAAUGCACAAUUAUUAAUAAGUUUCCUUACUUUCGAAAGCAAACCUCAAACUGACAUUUACUCCUCCCAUUUUCAUAAAAACUCUCUCUAUAACGUAAAAAUAAUAAUUUGUGAUGCAUAUUGCAAGCUUUUACCAUAUGCACUUUUGACAUGAAGGUCGUUAGGAAAGCAUGGUAAUAAAUAAGAUGAUUUUUAGGCUUUCUAAUUUUAAAAAUCAGUUUUGCGCUAUUCGCUAUGUAAGUUACAAAUCAGGUGGUGUUUUGGAAGCAUACUGGAACAAAGUACGUGAAAAAGAAAUUACAAUCGACAAAACUCAACUGAAAGUUGGGGAAAUUUUGGAAGAAUUAAGUGAAACCCUGAGUACUUAUGAAGUAUCAAAACCAAAUUUUUUAUCAAAGAUAUUCAAAACGGAAGCAAAGAAAAAACCACCUAAAGGCAUUUAUCUCUAUGGAUCAGUUGGCUGUGGCAAGACUAUGCUAAUGGAUCUAUUUUAUGAAAAAUGUCCCCUGGAAAAGAAAAAGAGAACACAUUUCAACUCUUUCAUGUUAGAUGUUCAUAAUCGCAUUCAUGAAUACAAAAAGCAAACCUUAAAACAAGGCAUACCUGGAAAAAAGUCCCUAAACUAUGACCCUAUUGGACCUGUAGCAAAAUCUAUAAGUGAUGAUGUCUGGCUUCUGUGCCUAGAUGAGUUUCAGGUAACUGAUAUUGGUGAUGCUAUGAUUUUAAAAAGAUUGUUUACUGCAAUUUUUAACAAUGGGACGAUUCUUUUUGCUACAUCUAAUCGAGCACCAGAUGAUUUGUACAAAAAUGGUUUACAAAGGAGUAAUUUUGUGCCUUUCAUUGGUGUUUUGAAAAAUUACUGCCAGCCUAUGUGGCUUGACUCUGGCAUGGAUUACCGUCAAAGAUUUGCUGGAUCAAACGUUAAUUUUUUUGUUAUUUCAGAAUGUGAUGCUAAAGCUGAACUUGAUAAUGCAUUUAAAAUUCUUGCAAGCCAUGAAACUGACACUGUCCGUCCAAAAACACUGACGAUAAAAAAUCGGAAUGUGAGAUUCACUAAAACUUGUGGCAGAAUUCUAGACAGUUCUUUUGAAGAGCUUUGUGAUAGGCCUUUAGGUGCCAUUGACUACUUAUAUAUUAGUCAAGUGUUUGAUGUGGUUAUCAUCAGAAACAUACCUCAAAUGACAAGAAAACAGAAAUCACAAGCUAGGAGGUUCAUAACUAUGAUUGACACCUUUUAUGAUAACAAAGUUCGUAUCCUUUGCUCCGCUCAAGCCCCUUUGAAAAAACUGUUCCUCUCUGCCGUGACAACUCCUAUUUUAUUUGAAGAUGAAAAUAGAGCUCUGAUGGAUGAUCUCAACAUCACUAAAGGAAGUGAAAAUGCUGAUGCCAGCCUGUUCAGCGGUGAAGAGGAGGUAUUUGCAUUUGAUAGAACUGCAUCUCGACUUACAGAAAUGCAAACCGAAGAAUACUGGAAACUUAGAUCAAGUUCAUGAUAGUAGCCAAUCUCUAGAAAGACAAAUAGUUCUUUUACUAUUCAAGCUCAGAUAUUCCCAGUUAGCAAUAGUUUUUUAUAUAAUCUCGUUUCAAAGAAUAAGUAGAUCUUAGGGUUCUUUUUUUAUGUACUGUGAUAUAAAUUUGGAAGAAGAAAAAGAUAUUAUAGUUUUAAAUCAUUUCCUUAGUUCAAAGAUGUUUUAGUUCUUUACAAAAGUUUUCAUUGUGUCUACACUUGUUAAUAAAUUUUUCAAUUGAAA